AUGUCUGAUGUUAAGAGAUACAUUCUAUCGCGUGUACCUACUCUGUUUUGUAUACCAGGGACGUCAUUUCAAGCGUUGAACCCAGUUCCAGCUCUAUCUGCUCUAUCGAGAAAUGACUGGAACUAUUUCCUCAUGGGUUAUGCUGCUUGGACAAUCGAUGCUUUCGACUUCUUCUGUGUCUCAGCCUGUGCCCCAGCAUUGGCCCAGGCAUUAGAUAGAUCAGUCACUGACAUCACAUGGGGUAUUACUCUGGUGCUAAUGACUCGUUCCCUUGGUGCAGUUAUCUUCGGCUCUCUUUCUGAUACAUAUGGUAGAAAGCCAACUUAUUUGGCAGUCAUGUGUCUUUUCUGUAUCAUUGAAGUUGGCACUGGGUUUGUUCAAAAUUAUACCCAAUUCUUAGUUGUCAGAGCUAUGUUCGGUAUAUGUAUGGGAGGUUGUUACACCACAGCGUCCGCUACGGCUUUGGAAUCACAACCAGUGGGCUCACGUUCUGUGCUGGGUGGUAUUUUCCUACCGGGUUAUAACUUGGGUUAUAUACUUGCUGUUGCAUUCUACCGUGCCUUUGAGUUCACAGAGCACGGUUGGAGAGCUUUGUUCUGGUUCUCUGCUGCCCCACCGGCGAUCUUGUUCGUUUGGAGAAUGUUCUUCCCAGAGCAUCCUCAUUUUACAGCACUGAAACGUGUACAACGUGAAAAGGCACUUUCCGAAGGUAAACAUCACCAGGCCUCCUCACCAUGGGCACAGUUCUUUGCAGAUCUGAAGAGUGCCAUGAGACAUCAUUGGCUAAUGUUUGUUUAUUUGGUGAUAUACAUGUCUUUGAUGAACUUUUCAUCUCAUGCUUCUCAAGAUUUGAUGCCGACGAUGUUGCAGAACCAAUUGGGAUUUGAAGCGAAUGACCGUACUAUCAUUAUGGUUGUCAUCAAUAUUGGUGCGAUCUUUGGUGGUUUAUGUGUUGGCACAAUCUCUGAAUAUACGGGUAGAAGACUUGCCGUCUUCGUCUGUACGAUCUGCAGUUCUGCAUUGAUUUAUCCAGCUUUCUACACCACAGAUAUGGCAGGCCUGAUCUGUGGUGGAUUCUUCAUGCAAUUCUUUGUUAUGGGUUGCUGGGGUGUUACGUCGGUUUACAUCAUGGAACUUUCUCCAAAUGCUUUUAGAGCGUUAUUCGGUGGUUUGGCGUACCAGCUGGGUAACUUGGCCUCAUCUGCUUCCUCCACCAUUGAGGCAGAAAUCAGCGAAGCUUUCCCUCUAUCAGAUAUUGGCCCUGAAGUUUACGACUACGCUCGUAGUAUGGCUUUGUUCAUGGUUGGUGUUAACGUUUGUUUGGUUAUUUGCAUUGUCAGUGGUCCGGAGAAGUUCCAUAAGGAUUUCAGUAUCCAAGGCGAGGGACAGGAGCAGUUGCAGCGCAAGUCAUGCAAUGAUGUUGAUGAAGAGCUAGCCAUUGAAUAUACAGAGGAUCUGAAGCAUACGGACAGAGUAUCCUGGACUGAGAAGCACUCCAUUCACCAUAAUGAAAAAACCUGAACAAUUCUUGCUUUCUAAGGCCAGUCG